AUGCUAAGCCUACUGGGGGGCCUCUUGAGAGGCCGGUCGCAGCAGCAGAAGAAAGACAAAAGCGCUAAGGGCUCAGACCCCUUCGCCGACUCCAAAGUUGACGUGUAUCUGGUGCGGGGGGAAAAGAGCAGCGAGCUGCUGCUGGAUUGUUCUUUAAUAAUAUCUUCGGAGACUUGUGUUUUUAUUGGAGACCCUCCAGACGAUGGUUUGGGAGCAGCAGCAGAACUCAGCUUCCUGAAGAAGUGCAGCAGCAGCAGCAGCAGCAGCAGCAGCAAAGCCAGCAGCAGCAGCAGCAGCAAAUUCGCCCUCGAGCUGCCGCACUCCGCCGUCUCCAGCUUCAGGCAGCACAAGCCCGACAUGGUGCAGUUUGCGGUGAAGACAGAGUCAGAUGCAGCAGCAGAACUGGGCCUGGUGUUCGCGACGGAAGCUGCUGCUGCGCUCUUCAGCCAGCUAAUGGUGUCUUCCAUUUGCUGCUGCUUUGCUGCAGCAGCAGCAAGCCGCUGCUGCCUGCAGCAGUUCGACCGCCUCGCAAAUGAGUGGCUUACGGUGGAGUCCGAGGCGGAGGCCUUCAUUAAGGAAAAAGAGGAUUGUUCAGAGGCCUACCUGCUGGUUUACAAGGCCAGCAGCAGCAGCAGCAGCAGCAGCAGCAGCAGCAGCAGCAGCAGCAGUGGCGGCAGCAGCAAGGAGGGAGCUGCGGGCAAAGAAGGCAGCAGCAGCGGCAAGGGGAAGGCAGCAGCAGCAGCGGCGAGCAGCAGCAGCACUUUGCCUGCUGCUGCAGCAGACCCGGUCGCCACAGCAGUUGCUGCUGCAGUCGACGCUGCAGAGAACGAAGACGCCGCUGCUGCCUCUGGCGAAGCAGCAGCAGCAGCAGCAGCAGCAGCAGCAGCAGCAGCAGCAGCAGACAGCAUUCCUGUGCCCCUCUGCUAUGUUGCCAUUUCCUAUGACGAAUUUAUUGUGCCGCUGCCGCAGCAGCAGGAGCUGCAGUGGUGGGGGCCUUCGCCUGAAGGGGAUAAGCGGCUAUACAAGAUUAGUUUUGCUGCUAGUGCAGCAGCAGCAGCAGCAGCAGCAGCGCCAGCAGCAGCAGCAGCAGCGCCAGCAGCAGCAGCAGCAGCAGCAGCGAGCGAGUCCAGCGCCCCGCCGCCCACGGCCAAGCAGCGAAAGCAGCAGGAACAGCAGCAGAAGCAGCAGCAGCAGCAGCAGCAACAGCAGCAGCAGCAGCAGCAGCAGCAGCAGCAGGGCCGCAAGUUCCUUGACACUUAUGCUCUAGUCCUUGCGGAGGUCAGCAGCAAAUGCCGCUUCUCCCCAGAGGAAGAUUUGGAGAAGCAAAUUGGGUACUAUGGGGAAUUCAAUACUGCUCCCAGUUACGGGGAGGUAGAAGGCAUGCAAAUUGAAGACGCAGAAAGCGACCCGUCAGAUGAUGAGGAACAAUUCCCCAUUGUUGCGAGAGACCCAACAAGGGACUUGCUGAAAACGGCCCCCGACUUCAUGGCCAACGAAAUGCUGGAAGCUGGGCAGCAGCGGGCGGUGGUUUUUAGGGUUGGGGCGGAGGGCCAAACCCUCAAGACAAAAAGGGACAUGCAAGUCCUCAGGUUCGACGAGUAUGGCAAGCCAUCUGUCGUGGCGACAAUCGACGGAUCCAAACUAAACUUGCAGGGCCAAGAUCAGGGGCUGUCUUCGGCGCUGCUGCAGGACUGCGUGAAGGGGAUUUUGCCGCUAAAGGCGGACUCGAGACAAACCCUAGAGCCGAGGGUUUUGGCAUUUAAUGACAAGAGGUUCUGCUGUAUAGACACCAGAACCAAAGAAGCUGAAAUUCGCCACAACUACACCUACUCCCAGAACCAGGGCUUUUCCUGCGGCGCGACGGACGAGGAGGGCCACUUGCUGCUGGGGAGCAGCAAAGGGGUUUUGAGACUUUAUGAUGGAAAGACAGAUAAUGAGGGGGUUUACAAAAGAGCUAAAACACAAAUCAGUGGUUUAGGAGACCCCAUACUCCACGUGGCAGUCACCCGCGACGGCAGCUGGAUUCUCGCGACCUGCGCGCGGUACCUGCUGCUGUACCCCGUGCGUCCGGAGGGCCGCAGCAAAACGGGGUUUACUUUUCCGCUGGGAGAGUUAAAACCUAAACCCUUGCUGCUGCAGCUGCUGCUGCAGGACGUCAGCAAGUUUAACCUGCAGUGCUGCUGCUUCCGAGCAGCAGCUUUUGAUGCAGCGGAGCAGCACAUCGUCACCAGCACCAACAACCUCGUCAUCAUCUGGGACUUCGUGGCCGUGAAAAACGGCAAAACUGAUGCCUAUCAAAUCCGGCGCAUUAGCGACUACAUAAAGGACUUGGCGUUCUUGAAGGCCGGGGAGAGGGAGGCGGUCCUCAUGGUAACACCGUCGUCGAUUACAACUCGCGGAGUGCGCAGGACAUACCAAGACUGCAAGAGUGAGUCGGAGCCAUAA